UCCAUUGAUUGAACGGACAUGGCGGACACGUUAAGAAGACUGAGCACAUCUUCAUUCAGCGUGUUACAGGACAAGCUGCAGAGCUGGCUCAGGGACUACCAUGUGAUUUCUUGUGACCAGAAUCUGAACAGAUGUUGUGAGCUGCUUGAACUCACCGCACAGAUCCAAGGCCAGCUGUUUACCAUCCUGAACCUCACUGCAGCUGAGGGUGGUCACUAUGCUGGAGUUGACACUCUGAAGAUGCGGCUUCUCCCAUGGCUUGGAACCUGUUUCUCUAUGUCAAAGCCUUCAGUCACAGACAACACCAGUCUGCAGCUCAUCCAGGACUCAGCAGAGAUGGACAGAAGACUCAGUAAGCUCUCUGUCUCCCAUGAGAGCAACAUGAAGAAGAUGGAGGUUCAGCUGUGCUCCACUCGCCUCCAACUUGAGUCGGUCAGAACAGAAUUCAUGGAUGUUCAGAAGGAGCUGGAUGAGAUGAGGAGCAAAUCAGCGACCACUCUGCUAGCCACAGAAGAUGAAAUCUUACAACUUAAAGCAGAUUUGUGUUCUGCCAACGAGCAAGUGGAAACUUAUAGGAGGAAGCUGAAUGCCCUUGAUGACUACGAGCGCCAGAUUUGCUUGUUGAAGGAUGAAGUGUCUUAUCUGAACACAGAGAAGGCCAAGCUGCUUGACAGGUUGGUGCGAAGCCGCUCUCCAAGCCCUUUGCCCCAGCUCAACCUCUCAUCCAGCCCCGUGAGGAGUGAGUCGCCCAACAGAGCCCAGCUCACUCACUCCUCACGCCACGCACGCCUCAUCUCACGCUUCAGUGACCUGUAUGCCGUGGAGCGUCUGGAGGCGCAGAGCAUCCUUCGACGCUACAUCACCAACUUGGAGAUGGUCCAGAAAAUCAUCUACAUUGCUGUUGUGGAAUCCUUUCAAACAGCUAAACUGGCCUAUCGUCAGUUCAAGCUGCGAGUGAGAAACUCGCUGUCCUCGUCCAACUUUGGUCCCGAGAACCUUGAGGAUUCAGCUGUGUACUACAUUAUCCGCAACCUGGACCUUUAUGAUGUUCAAACCAGUGUCAAUGAUGUGAUCAAUGCCAUGAACGUGAAUCCUCGGAUCUCCUUCCCUCCAGAGGUGGACUUUGCUCUCAUCAGUACUCUGAUCAGAGAGACCUGCAGGGUGGCCUUUGCCAUGCAGACCUUGGAGCCACCUCUUGACUUGGCCUUUGGAAGUGAUGGAGAACUAUACAAUGACAUCAAGUACCGUCGCAGCUACAGCUCUGAGUUCACAGCUCCUCUGGUGAUGUACCAUGUGUGGCCAGCCUUGACGGAGGGAAACACUGUGGUUGUGAAAGGCGAGGCUGUGACUCGGAGAGGAGCUCCAUGGAGAAGAAGCAGGAGUGCCAGCUCUGUACGCUCUAGAUCCCUCAGCCCAGCUCGCAGUCUUAGAUUUAACAGAAGCCUGUCUCCUGAACGUCUCACAGCAAGCCACUUGUAA